AUGGAGCAAACCGAGGCGUCAGCGGCGGUGAGCGGCACGCAUGGAGGUGGCGAGAGGACGGCGAGGAAGGCGGCGACGGCACUGGAGGUGGUGGUGGCCGUGGACGCGAGCGAGGAGAGCCUGCACGCGCUGUCGUGGGCGCUGGACAACAUCGUGCGGUGCCACCCGGACGCGACGCUCGUCGUCGUCCACGCGCAGCACGCCGUCGACCACUUCGCCUACCCCGUCGCCGCGCACGCCGUCGUGUACGCCCCGUCCGCGGCGGCGGAGUCCAUGCACACCGUGGCGCAGGAGGAGAACUCCCGCAGGAUCGUGGCGCGCGCGCUGGACGUCUGCAAGGAGAGGCAGGUGGGCGCCACGGGGGCCGUCGUGGAGGGCGACGCCAAGGAGGCCAUCUGCCAGGCCGUGGAGCGGAUGCAGGCCGGGCUUCUCGUCCUCGGCAGCCGGGGACUCGGCACAAUCAAGAGGGCGUUCUUAGGCAGCGUGAGCGACUACCUCAUCCAUCACGCCUGCUGCCCGGUGCUGGUCGUGAGGCCCAGGCCGACCAAGUGA